CGGACCAAAAGCGGAAAGGGCGUGGCCACGUGAUGUUUUGCUAACUGUUAGCCACAGCAAGCUAACUUUGUGUUGUAGUUGGCAUCUUAUUUUGAUCCUGCUCAACUUGCCAGAUUGCUCUCGGGUCUUCGUGGGAUUUGACCUAAAUGCGAGUUUUAGUAACCAUUAAACCAACGGAGCCAUGAACGGGAGCACGAAUCCGCUGCUGGACAAAGAGGAGCAUGUUUUGAAGCUCGGAGAAAGCUUUGAGAAGAGGCCAAAGUCUUCCUUUCACACCAUCAGAUAUGACUUCAAACCAGCAUCGAUUGACACAAGCUGUGAGGGAGAGCUUCAAGUUGGGAAAGGAGAUGAAGUUACUAUAACACUACCUCAUAUUCCAGGCUCUACCCCUCCCAUGACAGUAUUCAAAGGAAACAAGCGGCCAUACCAGAAGGACUGUGUGCUCAUCAUUAACCACGACACUGGGGAGUUUGUACUGGAGAAACUGAGCAGCAGCAUCCAGGUCAAGAAAACUAGGGCAGAAGGCAGCAGUAAGAUCCAGGCCCGGAUUGAGCAGCAGUCGCUUCGGUCCAGCCAGCCCACCUCUCAGUUUAGGGCCCCCACUAAACCCGGGGCUGGGAUCAAAACCUCUCCUUCCCCAUCUAAGGACAACCCCUCCCCAGAGCCUCAGCUCGAUGACAUCAAGAGAGAGCUGCGAGCAGAGGUGGAGGUGAUAGAGCAGAUGAGCAGCAGCGGCAGCAGCAGCUCCUCCGACUCGGGCAGCGCCUCAGGGAGCGGCGAUGACAGCAGCAGCAGCGACGGAGAGCUCGAGACCCCCCGACCCCUCAGCCAGACGUCACCCAGCCGCCACCCCAUGGCCAACGGAGGACCUGACCGGCAGCAGGGGAACAACCAGCUCAUGAACACACUCCGAAAUGACCUUCAGCUCAGCGAGUCAGGCAGUGACAGCGAUGACGACUGAGCUCUGCUGGUCAGUCUCUCUGUCCACACUCCUCCUCCUUUCUGCCUGGUUGACUUGUUUCUUUGCUGUGAUAGCUGACCCCAGCUGUGUAGGUUGGUUUGACUACAUAUAUUUUUUUUUAAUUUGCUUUAGUAUAUCCUGAAAGCUGGCCAGCCUGGAACUUAAGAGUGUAUUUUUUAUUAGAUGUAUAUCUUGUUUUGUAUAGCGAAACUGGAGACAAAGAGAAAAAUUCUUCAGAGGUUUGGAAGAUUAUAUAUUAGAGUGCACAUACAUAUUUUCUGUACUUAGAGCAGCUAGUUUUAUUUACUUGUAUCAUUAAUAUUUUUUUUUCUUUCAGUUUUGUCUAUGGUUUGGCAAGCAAGAUUUUCUGUAGCUGUGCGAUCAUCGCUGUAACAUUUGUUUUUUGUUUUCAUUUUGCUAAGAGUACAAAAA